AUGAAGCUCAAUCUCGCCCUCAUGACCGCCAUCGUGGCCCUCGCCCCUGCCGCCUCCGCCUGGCGUGUGCGCUUCUACGAGCACAAGGACUUCAAGGGUAGAGAGCACACCCGCGCUGGGCCCGGUAACCCCGGGUCUGCGUGCCAGGGUGCCCCGAACCCAAUUAACAACGAAAUCUCCUCGUUCAAAUUCUGGCCGGAGAACGCGGAGGGCACGACUAGCUGCUGCUUGCAGCUCUUCAACUCUCUGGACUGCGAGCCUUCGAGUCUGCUGAGCUACCCGCUUAACUGCAAGUACAGCGAGUACUCGGAUUUGCAAAAUACGCCACUGCAGGACAAAAUCAGCAGCUAUCGUACAGUCUGCCGCCUUAUUUAA